AGAAUCCUACUAAAAGAAAUCCAUCGGGGAAACCUGCGGCUCCUGCGCGCGACCUGACGCCCAAUUCCAGAAAUUUGUGAAGUUUACUUGAUCUCUAUUUAUCACAACAAAUCACAGUCCAUCACAUCAAGAGAAAGCCCGCAGCGAUGUCUAAAGAUCAGAAGGAGGCCAUGAAUAUAUAUUGUGUAACGCUCAACGGACCUGCUCCCUGGGGUUUCCGUCUUCAGGGAGGCAAGGACUUCAACAUGCCCCUGACCGUUUCCAGGCUGACCCCAGGGGGAAAGGCAGCCCAGGCUGGAGUGGGUGUUGGAGAUUGGGUGGUUUCCAUCUGUGAUGCCAAUGCAGAGGAGAUGACCCAUGUGGAGGCACAGAACAAGAUCAGAGCAGCUGCUGACUCCCUUACUCUCACUCUGAGCAGAGCUUUCCAUCCUGCUGGAGGAGAGCAGAAGAUGGAAGCUCUUGACAAAGGAGAAGGCUUCUAUGAGGAGUUGUACCCUGAGGGAAAGCAUGGUCUGCGGGUGGAGAACAUGGCCUGCUUCAUCCCUAACGAUCGCAGUAAGAAGAGACUGAUCGAGGACACAGAGGACUGGCAGCCACGCACCGGCACCACCCAGUCUCGCUCGUUCCGAAUCCUGGCCCAGCUCACAGGCACUGACUUCAUGCAGGACCCGGAUGACGAGAACAUGAAAAGGUCCAGUCACGGAGUAACUCCCUGUCCUGCCAAAUCCAAGCCAGCGGAUAAACCUGAUGAAGUUCAAGUGCCAGCCAUAGUGCCAACAAGUUCUGGUCCAGCCUGUCGGCCCCCAUGGGUGACGGAUCCCGGUUUUGCCGACCGUUACCACCCAGAGAAAACCAGCACUGUGUUGACGCAGCACAAGCAGCCAGUCCAACCCACACCCAUGCAGAACCGCAGCUCCAUUCUGCAGGCAGCGCAGCAGAGCCCUGAAGACACCAGCGGCCGCACCCCGCUCUGCGCCGCAUGCAACAAGAUCAUCAGGGGACGCUAUGUGGUGGCGCUCGGCCGUUCCUGGCACCCAGAGGAAUUCACUUGCUGUCAGUGUAAAAGGCUCUUGGACGAGGGGGGCUUCUUUGAGGAAAAGGGCUCCAUUUACUGCACCAAGUGCUACGACAACCGUUAUUCACCCAACUGUGCCAAAUGCAAAAAGAAGAUAACUGGGGAGAUCAUGCAUGCCCUGAAGAUGACCUACCACGUCCAAUGCUUCCUGUGUGCCGCCUGCAAAAUGCCCAUCAGGAACCAGGCAUUCUACAUGGAGGAGGGAGAGCCAUACUGCGAGAGAGAUUAUGAAAAGAUGUUUGGUACCAAGUGCCAUGGCUGUGACUUCAAGAUUGAUGCAGGGGACCGUUUCCUUGAGGCGUUGGGCUACAACUGGCAUGAUACUUGCUUUGUCUGUGCCAUCUGUCAAAUUAAUCUGGAGGGAAAGACGUUCUAUUCCAAGAAGGACAAGCCGCUGUGUAAAAGCCAUGCCUUCACUCCAGUGUAAGGCUCCGACUCUUUUCUUCAGGAGAUAGGGGCAAGAAUGGAGAUCGGGAGGGUCUACAUUGCCAAACAAGACUAAGUACUUGACUUGAAGCCUGUAACAUAUGGCUGACUGACAGAGUGAUGAAUAUAGUAGCUACGCUGGCUUUCACUUCGAUCUGCAUUUACAAAGAAUGUGUCAUUCAGCAAAGGACGGACCUGAAUUUUUGGUAGUUUGCUUAGCAGGCAGACUGGCAUCAGUUUUGCUGUUACGAUGCCAGUCAUUCAACUGGAAUGAGCAGCUUACAAACUGUUUCCACUGGUAGGUAUGGAUAACAUGGUAUUUUGAAGUAUUUUAGCUGUCCCACCUUGACUCCUCUCCACCUCAUAGAGUACUUUACUUUCAGUAUUUAUGAUGUUUCUUGAACACCUGAAAUCCGAACCAUUGUACGUUCCUCUUAUGUUCCAAUAAGCCUCCACUUAGUUGGCUCAGUUAUCUUUAUGUACACUUAUCAGAGAUCAUUUGUUUGAUUCUGUAUUCCUAAAGAACAUGUCUGGGCCAUAUUUCACCCCAAAAUAAAAAGAAAGAGAUAAGAAUAAAAAUAAAAAAAUAUAAUAAUAUAUAUAUAUUUACAAGUAACAAGAAGAAAUUAUCUAAAAUAUAAAAUAAUUAUAUACUGUCAAUUUAUAUUAAUUAAAUAAAAUGAAUUAACAUUGCGAAUAUAUAUAUAUAUAUAUAUAUAUAUAUCACACACACAAACCUGGACCUGUUUUUGUAAGAUUCACCCAUCUCAUCUAUACCCACAUGUGUAUUUAUCGUCCAAAGUUCUGUCCACUCCUCACAAGAAAGGACGAAGCAGUUUCCAUAUAAUGAGUGAAGCAGUCUAGUUCUCUUCGGAUCCAUACUAUCUGUAUUGUAGGCUAAAGCAUUGAAUGUGAUCUACUCAGACAGGAUCUGAAAGUGGCCCCUCAAUCCUCUAGAUGCUGUUCAGCCUACUUUCUCUCUGCCUGAUUUGCUGUGCUUGGGUACUUAAGGUAAUGGCAAACCACAGAGGAAUAAAACGCCCCUGGCAGCUGCACUGAAAUACAUUAACACUGAUUGCAUGCAUUUCAUCGUGACCCAUCCAAUGGUCUGUACAUGGCUUUAAUGCUAAACACGCCAUAUUCGUCUGUUCAAAUCAGACAGGUAGUUCUAAUUAAGGAAAGGCCUAUGAUACCAUCAAAACAGUGUUUUCAUUGGCUGCAAAUUAAACCUGCUGUUAUAUGGUCACCCAGUGACUAAGUGUGUGGGGUACUUUAUUGUCACAAUGUCACAAUACAAAAUAAAUAUAUAAAUACAUACAUAAUGGUCCUAAAAAUAGGCAUAUUUUUCCUUAAUCAAAAUAUAAUUUGAUAUAGUAUUUCUUUCUUUAGAUUUUGGGGUAAACUAUGACCCAGGCAUGUUCUUAAAUGAAUAGCUCAAUCGAUAGCAAAUCGAUUUACAAGUAUUUUAUCACACUAAAAUCAUGUUAACGCGUAUAGUGUUUACGUCUUUUGGCAAUACUUUUUAAAAAAGUGUGUAUUUUAAUGUUUAUGAAUUGGCCCCAUUCACUUCCAUUGUAAGUGCCUUACUGUAAACGCAGUUUUUAAAUAAAUGAGGGAUGAGUAGAAAAUAUUUUUUCUGUGGUAAUCAAUUAUGCUACAAAUGCUGUCGAUUGAGCUUAACUUGUAUUGAACCUGGAACAUUCCUUUAACAGGUUUCAUAUGAUUCUCUAAAAGGAGUCUGCAAGUUGGUAAUGGAAGCACAUCUAUGCCAUUAGGACACAAAAUGGGGUUUUUUUUGGAGCUACUGUAGCCUCUAUACUACACAUGUACCAAAGUGUACAUGUAAUCUGUUAUGCUAGUCUGUAUCCCCUCUCUCCAGUCACAGUAGAUGUUUUUAAUAUACUUUGGUACAUUUGUGUGUGUGCACCAGAUGCUGCCGUGAAUUUCAAUCCCAUCAUUCCUUUGUCACAAUCUCCUGUGCGCAAGAAACACAACACUCCAAUAUUCUGCUCUUAGAAAGCUAUACAUUUGAGCUAACAGCUCCAUUUUUGUACUUUUUUGUAUUGACAAUGUUUUAUGUAUUAAGUGCCUUUUUUAUAGCUUUGCAACCUUAAACUAGUAUGCGUGUCUUUCAAAACUGCUGUAUUUUUGUGCACAUUGAGAUGUUUCUAUGUGAAAUUAUGUUAGACAUUUAGUCAAUAAAUCACUUGCAGUCA